GGUCCCCAAGACGGCCGGGUCUAGCAGUACUGAGGCGGAAGUCGCGCUGCAGCCGGAAUGCGCGCUGAGCCUCCGGUCCGGCAACGUUUGAGCCGCCAUCAUGGUGCGGAAGCUUAAGUUUCACGAGCAGAAGCUGCUCAAGCAGGUGGACUUCCUGAACUGGGAGGUCACAGAUCACAACCUGCAUGAGCUACGCGUGUUGCGGCGUUAUCGGCUGCAGCGGCGCGAGGACUAUACGCGCUACAACCAGCUGAGCCGUGCUGUGCGCGAGUUGGCCCGGCGUCUGCGCGAUCUGCCGGAGCGCGACCCGUUUCGCGUGCGCUCCUCGGCCGCGCUGCUGGAUAAGCUGUAUGCUCUCGGCCUAGUGCCCACGCGGGGAUCGCUGGAGCUCUGCGAUUUCGUCACGGCCUCGUCCUUUUGCCGCCGCCGCCUGCCCACUGUGCUGCUUAAGCUGCGCAUGGCGCAGCACCUCCAGGCCGCCGUGGCAUUCGUGGAGCAGGGCCACGUGCGCGUGGGCCCCGACGUGGUCACCGACCCCGCCUUCCUUGUCACGCGAAGCAUGGAGGACUUUGUCACCUGGGUUGACUCGUCCAAGAUCAAGCGGCACGUGCUGGAGUACAAUGAGGAGCGUGAUGACUUCGAUUUGGACGCCUAGCGGACCUCCCCUUGCCAGGACUGCAUGGGGAAGCUGAGACACAAGCCUGAGAGUCUGUGAAGGUGCAUCUGCCCAAGAGUGUAUCAGCCAGUCGUUGGUUCUUAAGAACUUGCCUCCUCAGCUACAGGCCACGCAUGGAGCCAAAGGGUACGCCCUUUUCCACGAAAUUUUCUUAGCUUUCCGACAAUUGGUAAUUCAGUGACUGCCAUAAGAAACAAUGGGAAGCGGUUUUGUGCUGCACUGGGGACUUGUUUUGUUCUUGUACCUGAAAUAUUGCGGUGUGAAUGCAAGGACUUGGGAUUGGGGAGGACCUAUCCCCGCCCCCAGCUUUCGUUUCAUUUUCUUGUAACAGGACAGUGUGGUUUAAUUUAUUUAACUCGAAUCCUUGCUCUUGUUCGUGAUUAAACUGUGUACAGAUGUCGUAGAGGUUGGUCUCAAGUUUUCAUAAAAUAGAUGAGAUUUUAGUGUUCAGAGUUCUUUCUCUUGUAUAAAGGAAUGCUCUCCUAAUGCCAAUAAAUGGCCUAACUGCUUUUUAAGUGCAAA